CCAUUGACGUCUCUGGCCGCAUUGGUGGAGCGACGGCCCAAUGGGGAAGCAGCGGCCCGUUGAUUGGUGGAGCGACGACCCAAUGGGGAAGCAGCGGCCCGUUGAUUGGUGGAGCGGCGCCGCGCUGUGCAGGGAUUGGCUGGUGCGAGUGGAUACAGUGAACGCGGCCAUCAGCAACAAACCCCUGAAAGCGCGAUCUGUAGAUCUUUGAUCAGCAAAGCGCAGCCGGUCUCCAUGGCGACGCCGGGCCUAGCCGCCUUCAGCGAGGCACUGGCGCGCCACACCCGGGCCGAGGAUGCGCGGAGAGACAGCCGGCUGCUGCUGCAACCCUACGCCAACUGGGAGGAGAUGCUGCUGCCCGCUCCUGCCGCCAUCGCCAUCCUGGGGGAGCUGAUGGCCGUGUCGGCCGGCCUGGACUUCGGGCUGGAGCCGGGGCGGCUGCGGCAGCUCCGACACCCCGACUCGUUCCGCGCCUGCCUGCAGCAGGUGAGCAACGAGGGCUGGACGGCCUUCAGCCUGGCCCACAGUAACAUGGACCAGAUCCGACUGCAGGCCGCCAGCGUGCCGGUACACAUGAAGGCUGCUGUACACACGCUACUGCGGGGGGAUAGGCCGACGUUGCUCCGCCUGUUGCCCCGACAACUCGGCUGCAUCCGCGCCGCCGCUGACGAGUGCCGCGAGCUGGCGCACGCCGCCGACCAGGGCUUUGUGCGCGUGUCCGCGUUGGUGCACGAGCUGCUGGAGGCGUGCGCGGGGGCGCGUGGCGCGCGUCGGGCCGAGGCGGAGGCUGCGCGUGAAGCACUGGAGGAGGCGGAGCGGCGUCGUGUCCGGGCCGAGGCCGAGCGCCAGCGAGCGGCCGAGUGGGUGGAGCGGGCUGGCCGGGAGGUGGACGAUGCGAGCCGGGCGUGGCAGCGAGCAGAGGCCCGGGAGCCAGGGCCCUGGGCUGUGCUGGGCCUACACGCUGCAGAGUGCACCAUCACUUCCGUCAGCGGCCUGUUGUCCGGCCUACUGACCGUCAGCGAGCCCGUGGCCUUCUCCGGGGCCAUCCUCGACACCCUAGGAGCCCUGGGCUCCGCCGUGGCCGAGCGUAUCCGCAGCAAGGGAGGGCCCGACAGCCGGCCCGGGCCCGGAGUUCCCGCUAGCCCCGCUAGCCCCGCAGUCCUCGCCGCCUCCGCCCGCCUGCUGCUCGCCGCCUUCAAACUGCAGGAGCUCCUCACUCCAGAGCGCCAGCUACUGCCCACCGCCCUGCAUGACCCGCAACCCUGUGCCCAGGCCCAGCAACUCCUGGACGGGGUGCAGGCCGAGCUGGAGGCCGGCGGCACAGAGGAGGAGGAGGAUGAGGAGGAGGGUGGGCCCGGCCUCGCCGCCCUCGCCCUGUGCCGCCACGGCCUCAGGCUGUGCCAGCGGCUGCAGGAGCUGCACCCCAGCCCCGAGGCCCAGCAGCUGGAGCAGGCGGCCGCCUCCAUCCACCAGCUCCACUGCAAGGUAAUGAGGUUCAACUCGGGCUGCGCCGCCUCCUGCCCCGGGCCCGCCCUGGCCCCCGGUGCCCCCAACCUGUCCGGGGCUGCCAAGGGGCAGGAGCCAGCUGACCGUGGGCUGCUACACACCAUGCUGACCCAGGCCCGGGUGAAGGUGGAGACGGCCAAGACGCAGCUGGAGACGAGCCGCCAGGAGUACCGGCGUGGGCUGGAGGUGCUGCAGGAGAGAGACCGGGAGCUGGAGGAGCUGCUGCAGCAGAUGAGGGGCUGCCGGGUGAAGGAGCUCGACCUGGGCGACACGCUGGUGCUGCUGGCUCAGGGGCUGCGGGCACUCGGCCAGGUGCAGGAGCAGUGGGCCAAGCUGAUCCGCUUCUUCCAGAUGAUGUCCAACCUGAUCAAGGUGUGCCUGAGCAAGACGCUGGUGCAGCUGGCCGAGCAGGCCGAGGACGUGCAGGAGCUGGAGAACUACAGCCAGCAGCAGCUGGUGCGUGACCUCAUCUACUCGCAGGCCUUCCAGGCCAGCAACAUCUCGGGCCUGGUGCACACCAUCGCCAGCACCUACAUGGACGUGUCCAACAAGUACCUGAUGGACCGCAUCACCCAGCUCGGCCGCCUCGUCACGCUGGAGCCCGGCGACGCUGACUUCGCCGCCCAGCGCCACCUUCUGCACCAGGGCUGCGACCAAGCCCGCAAGAUGAUCAUGCAGCGGGCGCUGAGCAGCCAGCAGGACUUCGAGAGGCAGGUUCAGCUGCGCAUCGAGGCCAUCGACUCGGACAUGGCAGCGGCACUGCCCCCCGCCCCGGCCCACGAGCAACAGCUUAUCGAGAGCUCCCUGAAGGAGCAGCCCAGUGCCAUCUUCCACGAGCUGUCCCACUACGAAGAGGAGCAGUGGGCCUGAGGGGCGGCCGGGCAUGUGGCACAGAGGGAGUGGGGGGGGUCAGACGCCUGGGGUGGUGGGGAAUGAGAAUGGCGAUAGGUCAACUGGCGUGGGGUGCAGGAGUACCUUGUGUAGGCAGAUGUGGUGCAGAGGUACCCGGUGUGGGCAGAUGUGUAUUGGUACCAGGUUCACAUCAAACCCUUCCUUCGGCUCACAAUGUCUGUGCCUAACACCAUGCUGACAGUUGAUUUCGACACUGAUCCAUUUCCUCCAUUCUCAGAAUUUGCACAUGCCUAUCUAAAAGCUUCUUAAACCCCGUCCCAUAUCUGCCUCCACCACAACCCCAGCAGUGCAGUCCAGGUACCCACCCUCUGUGUAAGAAUAAACACCUGCCCCGCAUAUUCUUGCAAACGUUGCCACUCGCACUUUAAAGCUAUGCCUUAUUGUCUUAGACAGUUCUAUCCUGGGAAAUGCAUUCUGACGGUCUUCCCUAUCUAAAGCUAUCAGCAUUUUAUAUUUUUUUAUCAGGUCUAAGUCUACCUCUAAUCCAGGCAGCAUUCUGGCAGAUUGCUACUUCAAAGCAUGCGGGUAAAUGGGGGGGGGGGGG